AAAUUUUUAUAAAUUGUGUCAUCAAGAUUAAUUUUUUAUUAAAUGAAUAUCUUAUCAGCCUUCAAACCGGACCUGCACCUUCGUUUAUCAGAAGGCAUCAACACCUCCAUUGUUGUCCACUUGCUGCUCUAAGUGCUCUAGUGACAAAGUAACCAAGUGCCCCAUCCGCUGGUAUAUAUAUCUUGGCUCUAUCUUUGGAGCAGCCAGUCAACGCCGGAAAUCCCAGAGAAAAUGAAUACCUUACUGGCCAUCUGUGUGCUUGUAGGCCUUAGCUUGGCCUUGGCUGACUACAGACGGCGGAAUCGCCAUGACGUGCUCACCUACCGUGAGGAAUGCGUCAAGGAGCUGGACUUGCCCGCGGAUCUCGUGGAGAAGUUCAAGAAGCUGGAGUAUCCGAACGAAACCCAGACCCAGUGCUAUUUCCAGUGCGUCUUCUCCAAGUGGGAGCUGUUCAACAACCAGACUGGCUUCAAUGUGGACAACAUACAUCAGCAGCUGGUGAACCAUCCCACCGACAACAAUGAGGCCUUCCAGGGCAACCUGGCCGGCUGUGUGGACCAGAACGAGCAGGGUUCCAGCGCCUGUGAGUGGGCCUAUCGCGGGGCCACCUGCUUGCUGCGGGAGAACCUGGCAGAAAUUCAGAAGAGCCUGGCCCCGAAGGUCUGGGAUGAAGCAGUACUAACUUGAGCC